AGAAACCGGGCGCUCCCCCUUCCCUGUCUCCUGGGUCUCUAGAGGAGCCCUGCAAGGAGGCUCGGCUAGUGCUGCCGGGCCAAGGGCUGCCGGGACCGGGCUGCGGCAAUCGCUAGCGGGUCAUGUCGGCCGCCCAGGGCUGGGACAGGAACCGCAGGAGGGGAGGAGGCGCCGCGAGCAAUGGUGGCGGCGGCGGAGGUAGCGGGGCCGGCGGGGGCAGUGGGGGCAGCGGGGGUCGGGGGACUGGCCAGCUCAACCGCUUCGUGCAACUCUCCGGACGGCCGCACCUGCCAGGUAAGAAGAAAAUACGAUGGGACCCUGUUAGGAGGCGCUUCAUUCAGUCCUGUCCCAUCAUAAGGAUCCCUAACAGGUUUUUGAGAGGCCACAGACCUCCACCUGCACGAAGUGGACAUCGUUGUGUGGCAGAUAAUACCAAUCUAUAUGUAUUUGGAGGUUAUAACCCAGAUUAUGAUGAAUCAGGAGGGCCAGAUAAUGAAGACUAUCCUCUCUUCAGGGAGCUUUGGCGCUAUCAUUUUGCUACAGGAGUAUGGCACCAGAUGGGCACGGAUGGGUACAUGCCCCGGGAAUUGGCAUCUAUGUCACUUGUGCUGCAUGGAAACAACCUGUUAGUGUUUGGAGGUACAGGCAUCCCAUUUGGUGAGAGCAACGGAAAUGAUGUCCAUGUCUGUAAUGUGAAGUAUAAGAGAUGGGCUUUACUCAGCUGUCGGGGGAAGAAACCCAGUCGUAUAUAUGGACAGGCCAUGGCUAUCAUCAAUGGCUCCCUUUAUGUCUUUGGAGGGACAACUGGCUAUAUUUACAGCACAGACCUGCACAAAUUAGAUCUUAAUACCAGAGAGUGGACACAACUGAAACCAAACAACCUAUCCUGUGAUCUUCCAGAAGAGAGAUACAGACAUGAAAUUGCACAUGAUGGACAGAGGAUUUACAUCUUGGGAGGUGGUACUUCCUGGACAGCUUAUUCCUUAAACAAGAUCCAUGCAUACAACCUUGAAACAAAUGCAUGGGAGGAAAUUGCAACAAAACCCCAUGAAAAAAUAGGUUUCCCUGCAGCCCGAAGAUGCCACAGUUGUGUUCAGAUAAAAAACGAUGUGUUUAUUUGUGGGGGCUAUAAUGGAGAAGUGAUCCUGGGAGAUAUCUGGAAAUUGAAUCUGCAGACUUUUCAAUGGGUAAAGCUCCCAGCUACCAUGCCAGAGCCCGUUUAUUUUCACUGCGCAGCUGUUACACCAGCUGGUUGCAUGUACAUUCAUGGAGGAGUGGUGAACAUCCACGAAAACAAACGGACUGGCUCGUUGUUUAAGAUCUGGCUGGUGGUACCUAGCUUGCUGGAACUGGCAUGGGAGAAGCUGCUUGCGGCCUUCCCUAACCUAGCCAACCUCUCCCGAACACAGCUUCUGCACCUUGGACUCACACAGGGACUCAUCGAGCGCUUGAAAUGAGGAUUUCUGGACUGUUCAUUGAUACUGGAAAUGUUAAAUUAAAGAGACUCCUUUAUUUAUGGGCAGUGUAGAAUGUGCUACAAAGAGGAUUGGUUACCCUGAUCAAGGCCUUAUUCAGAAAAUACAUCAGAUGCCUUUCUGUACAUUGGUUUUGGUUUUAAGUUUAUGGAAUCUCACUUUCCCUUGUGUUUCUUUGCUUUUCUCCCUCCCACCCCAAUACAUACACACACACUCACAUACUCCCUCUUCCUUGAUGGCAUUGAGGGAAAGUCUGAAAGUACCUUAAUAAUGUUAUGAAUCAAGAUAAGAUAACGAAUUUUUUAAAGAAGUUUUGAACAUAUGACCAUGUCAGCCAAUGCUCUAUAAAUGAAAGCAACAUCAUCAAUGAAAACAAAAAUAAAAUUAAAAAAUUUUAAAUCCUGCAACAAGACGUUUGGGGGAUAGAAUAAGAAGGCUAACCUUGAGAGACGUGCAGAUUGUGUGUAAAGCUAGUGUUUAACGUACUGCUUUCAGAGAUAUAUCUGAAGAGCUGAUUCUGACGGCCACAGUGGUAGACAUCUUGCUGCAGAGAUACCCAAACCUAAAUUUUGACUUAGGAGGAAAUUUAAGCAGCUCAGCAACCUUGAUGAGUGAUUUCUUCUUUCAUCCUGUGGUGCCAGCACUCGUUAGAGGUGGCUUGUCGAAAGACUUAUGUGUGUCAUAGUGGUGCUGUUCGUUGUGGCUCUUAGACAUUAGGACACCAAGAAUGCUUCACAUCAAGAAACAGUGGUGGUCCAAGUUCUUUGUUUGAGCAGUUUUGAAAUUCUCCUGUGCUUAUGAAUGCUUCAGGUAUCACUUUGGCUUCUUCUUCGUGGGGAAUUGUAGACCCUAAGUAUGUGGCACAAAUGCUGUGAGACAUAAAUGUAAGUUCGUGAGAGGCCAGAGGAGAGCAGGGCCGGGAGGGCUUCCGCUCUGGGCUGAGAGCUUCGACUGCCACGGUGCCCAUUUCCUUUCAGAACUUGCUUCUUCUCUAACUCUGGGCCAUGCACCUGCCAUUUUCUUAGGUGACAGGUUUAUCUCUAGAAAGCCAAUUGGCCCUUGAUUUUUCUCUUAACUUAUUGCCUCCUUCUCCAUCUGCUUUAAUGUGCAUAGUGCUGUGAGUACUUGUCUGGUAAAUGGAUAAAAGGUCCUGGGGGAAAAAGCCACAGGUCAUCUUUCCUGAAGAACUAAGCAUCAUUUUAAAAACUAACAUGAGGAGCCCUGGUUAGAGCAUCAUCCCGGGACCUAAAGGUCUCGGGUCCCAUUCCUUGUCAAGGGCACGUACCUCAGUUGCAGAUUCAAUCCCAGGCCCUGGUUGUGGUGUGUGCAGGAGGCAACCAAUCGAUGUGUUUUCUUUCUUUCUCUUUCUCUCUCUUUCUUUCUUUCUCUCUCCUCUCUCUCUCUCUCUCUCUCUCUCUCUCUCUCUCUCUCUCUUCUACCUCACCCCUUCCACUCUCUCUAAACAAACAAAAAAACUAGCAAGAGGAAGGAAUGAAACAGGAUCAUUCGCUUUUUGGUGCGAAAUUUUAGUUCUGGUUUGUUUUGUGUUGUUUUUAAUUCUAGGAAAGAAAUGACUUAAAUUUUCACUUGCUCUGCCAUCAUGCUGCUAGAGUAGUUCAGCAUUUGGAAGGCCUUGGGCGUAUGAAAGGUGCUAAAGGCACACAGUGCUGGUCAUCCCAUUGGUUGCCUCACCAUAGGAGACUCGGAUGAGAGAUUUAGGACACAUUUUCCUUUAAGUGCCUCUUUCUCACUUAGCUUUUAAAGUUAUUCUUUUUCCUUCAUCCCAGAAGGGAUAUCUUUAGCUCAUGUGUGGAUUUAAAAUCACCUUUGAGUUAGGCCUAAAAGUUACCAUUGAAUGUUCAGUGCUAGGGAAGAGAAAAUUGUGGCCUCUAGACUUGAACUCCUAACUUGCAGGCCUUAUUAUAACAUCCCAUCCAUGUGGGGUUGAGUUUAUGGAGCCUGAGUUUGGCAAGGUCUUAUAAUAACCAUUCAUCUCUGAGUUUGGGUCCUUUUGCAGGGAGUGAGGGGUGUGGAGAGAGGCAGGAAAAGGAGCCAGUCCCCUAGAGGCCCCACCCUCAUUUUGCCAUGACCAGUCUGUUUGGCAUUAACUUUCCAUCCACUGCUAGGCUUGUUGCUAUGAGGAGCUCUCUCCAGAGCAAGUCAGUCUGAGCAGCCCCAUUAAUUCAAAACAAAGCUUUGCUGCAUGACUCCAGUGUCAUCUCUGGAUCAUUGGGGGAAAUAUGUCUAGGAUUAAACAAGUCGUGCAGUCUAGGGUGGUGAACGGAUUUUGUCAUGGAUUUACAUAGGGACCAAAGACUGAGUGCUUCUCCUUUCAUGGCUCUUGGGAUAUAAGUAGGUCUCUAGUUCUUCUACACAGAGAGAGAGAAAGGAAGCCUGGCUCAGUCCAUACUUGCUGGCGUUCUGUUUGUAAAGCCGCCUAAGAGCGGUCAUCUUUGAGGUAGACUUUGGAGGCCUGACAUCCAAGACCUGUGUGUGACGUUUUCAUACAAGUACAUAUCUUUGGUCCAAAAUGUCUUCUUUUAAUAUAACACUAGUGAACAUGAUGUAGUAUGACCAACUCUGAGUGCUGUAAACUACACUUUAUGCACAUGUUCUGGAUGCCAAAUGAGACUGUGUGUGUGAUGACUUAAAUGUAGAUGACUAGGAUUUUAUAUAAAGGGCCACCAGGCAUUUUAGUAUAUCUAUAACCAGCUUUUAAAGUUAUUCUUGAACUUUAACUCUGAAUUCCUGACACUUACUUGAUUUAGGAAAGUUUAUGCCUGCUGCUUCUCCACCUCUUUGAGGUACUCCCUGCUAUCUUACUGCAGCCCUGAAGUUUAAGUGCAAUAUAAAGAAACACAUACGGAUAUGUACAGAUUAUAUAUAGGAUAUGACUAUAAGGCAGGUAGCCAACUUUCUUGGGGAAGCCAGCUCAUCACUGUAGAGUCAAACUAUAACCAGAAUUUGAGUUGGGAUCGGCUGGCUUAAGCCAACUCUUGGUAGAGCUGGAUUUUCAAGUCAGUGUUUUGUUACUCCAGUCCUUGGGUUUGUUAGCUUUGAGACUUCCCCCAGUCAUCUUUGUACUCUCUCGUGUUUGCAUAUCUGCCUACAUUUCUUUGCCCAGGAACGAGGAAGUCUAUCUGUGAGAGUUUCCUACGUGGAGAAUUAAAACCUAAUAUUUAAUACUACCAGUUCUCCCAUGUAUAUACUAAUUUAUCUGUGAAUGUCAGACUUUAAGUAAAGAAAAUCAUGCUUUCUUAAUUUAAUAGAGUGUUUUCCACAUCCUGGAAAAAUCUAUAAAACAAUAUAGACUAGAUUGAAAUGUUAGGGGGCCAAACUGAAACCCUUUCCACUGGCAGAAUCUUCUUUUUUCAGGGCCCUAGUGACAUGAUGUGAAACUUCGCUCUAAACUGUUCAUGUCUAUGACAUAGCUAGAUUUAGAUGUAUAAUAAACAUUAACAUUUCUAAGCAAAGGUAUAUUAACAGUGACCUUUGGUUACCCAGAGUAGCAAGAGUAAAGCACAGAUCAUUGAAAUCCAUAGAUAAUCAGUGUUUCAACUUUUCUAUCACACUUGAUUCAUGUAGUUUUUCCUUCCUACCCCUGUCCCCAUAAGCACCUUCUCUUCAAUGGGUGGAGCUGUGCGUGGUUAGAAAUGGAAAAGGAAGAAUCCUGGUCGGGUUUGGAAACCAGUAGACAUACAAGCAACCUGAUUAGCUCAGGCAAUCGGCUGACAUUAGACCCACUGGUGGUAAUCCUGAGUUUAGCUUUGGCAUAGUUCCCUGCCCCGAGUUCUAGGCCAUCUGUCGUCUAACCAUCAUAGAACUCUCAGCACCUAUGGGAAGACUACGCAGUGUGUGAGGAGGAGAAAACCCAUCAUGUCAACACACUUCUUUAGCUUUUGACAUAUACUUGCUUUCCCACUAUCCAUGCAGGAGUCUUAGUUUUUCCUUUCCAGCCAUAUUGCUGAGCAUGUAGGAAAGGUUGGAUUAUCUUUGGAGACUAUGUUGUCUUACUUCUGUAAAACCCCCUUGUCUCUAGGUGGUCUUACAGACAUCUAGAACGAGGCCCAGGUCACCGAAUUGGCUGCCUGCCAGCACUCUGAUGCAGCACAAAAGGCCCUCCUCCUUACUCUUCACUGUGCUGGCACUGAGCUUCAAGAUGGGCAAGGGUUUAUGGUCCCGUGGUCAUCAGCCCCCAAAACUGUCACCGUUACUUAAGUAGCUCUGGUUCCCAAACACCUGAGGACUCUGGGAGCGUUGGCCAGGCCUGAGGUAGACUCAGCCGAGGUCUGUAACCUCUGCGUUCCGUUCGUCGCCACCAGGUCAUGCCCAGCAAUGGUGUAUCCUUCUAAGGUUGUUAGGUUUGGUGUAAAGCAACCUCCUGUCUUGUCUGAUGUGAUAAAAAGAAGUUCCGAGUUGUGCUUCAAAAGUGGUGCCAUCUUUUUAGUAUAAUUUUCAUGUUUUUGAUUUUCCCCCCCCACUUUUUAGAAGUUUCUUAAGGGCCCUGCUUAGUGUACAGGGUGAGUCAGAGGCAGUCUCACCAAGCUUAGUAAUUGCUGUUGUACUAGUUGCACAUGUAGAAUACAAAGGAGGCGUCAGAAACACACUGACCUUCUCUCGAGCCACUUUCUUGUACGGAGUCUGAGCAGGGACAGCGCCAGCAUCUCCCUGUAAAGGCACCUGCCAAUGAGGAUUUUCUGGAAGAACCUCGGCAAGAAAGGGAAACCUCCCCCACACACAACCUCUGAGGGUGAGCCUGGGCGUGGCUCUUCGUACAGGGUAUGCUUAGGCCACACGCGAUGCUCGCCUUAUUAUAAAGCUAUUGCCACAGUCCCGUUAAAUAGUGUGGAAGUCCUUUUGCAGUCUGGUGUGCAUGCCGUAUGAGCAGGACAGCUUUUCCACCUUACCUGGGUUCCUACAAACAGGUAGGAAAUAUAGUGAAUUUACCCUAAAAUGUCCAAUCUGUAUUUAUGUACCUUGUCAGUGUUUUGCUGUUGGUUUUCUAAAAAUAACAUCAAUAAAUCAUCCAAAUCUAUGUGGUUCAAGGCUA